AUGGUCUCCCUGCUCAUCAUCGUCUUCCUCAUCCAACUCGCCUGCCACCUGGUCCUAACCAUCGGCUCUAAACCCAUCAAUGACCUGCUAUGGCAGAUCUAUUGCCGGCUCCCAUUCGGGCCGUCCUCAAAAGACAUUCAAGAGCAGGCACGAUUGCGGAAAGAGGUCGUGCGACUCAAGCGUGAGAUGAAUGCGGUCAGUGCGCAAGAUGAUUUCGCAAGGUGGGCCAAGAUCCGGAGGCAGCAUGACAAGGCGCUGGAGGAGCAUGAUCGGAAAGCGAGCAACGUCUCAUCAUCGCGGGGCUCCUUCGACACAAAAGCAGGGAUCGUUCGCUGGCUAUCCACGAGCGGCCUGCGCUUCGCCAUUCAGUUCUGGCACGCAAAGACCCCAGUCUUCACGUAUCCACGCGGAUGGUUCCCGUGGUACAUCGAGUGGAUUCUUGGAUUCCCCAGAUGUCCCUACGGCGGCGUCAGCAUCAAUGUCUGGAGUACGGCGUGUGGGACGGCCAUUGCACUGGUUUCGGAUCUGACUGUCUACAUGGUGCUCUUCGUGCGGGAGUCGGGGAAUCGGAGUGCUACUCCCGGUGGUGGUGUGAAGCAGAAGGUCAAAGUGCCCGUUCCGGCUGGCAAGGCUUCAUGA